AUGCCGAAAUGCUCAGUUUUUUCCCGAACCCCUUUGCACAACAUAGCUGCUCUAUUUGGGCACGUUGUGUUUGCAAAGGCAAUCUUAAGUAGAAAUUCGGAACUUGCCAGCUUAUUAGACUCUGAACAAUCCUCACCUUUGCACUUGGCAGCAGUGAAAGGGCAUUUAAAGAUGGUAAAAGAGCUCUUGAAGAUCAACCCUGAUAUGUGCCUUGUUUGUGACCAAGAUGGAAGGACUCCUCUCCAUGCAGCAGCACUCAAAGGCCCGGUGGAGGUGGUGAAGGAGCUAGUUCAUGCAAAUGGAAUAACAACUCGGGUUUUGACAGGUCACAGGGAGCCAAUUUUGCACCUAAAUAACCAUAAGAGAACUUUGCAGCUCACGAAGUUUUUGCUUACAAAAACUAAGAUGAGGGAUGAUGUGAAUGCCUUGAACGUGGACGGUCUCACAGCCUUGGAUAUUUUACUGGAUAACUGUAGCGACUCGAUGGAUAUGAAACUUGAAGGGAUACCCCAAGGCGCUAGAGCUAGAAGAGGAGGAAUGUUACAUUUCACGGGAGACAAUUGGGCAAUUGAACGAUUGCCUCCUACCAAGAAUAGGUGGAAGAAGGGUGAAUUAAUGGUGGUUGCAACAUUGAUCUCUACUAUCACAUUCCAAGCUGGAAUCAACCCUCCCUGUGAGUUUUGGCAGGAUGACAAUGAGAAUUCGCAGGACAGUUCUAAAAUCCACAGUGCAGGGGGGUCGAUCAUGGCCCAUAAAUAUUCAGGCCUAUACAUAUUAUUCACAAUUUUCAUUGUGGUAGCGUUCAUUGCAUCAUUGAUAGUAAUCUUAUUGCUGGCAAGUGGAUUCCCUCUCAAGCUACGUGCCUUGGUAAUGAUCACAUGGUUGAGCAUGUCUUCAAUGAUCGUUGCUUAUGGGCUAGCCAUUUUUACAAUCACCACUGGAGAAUCCUUUCGUUUUGGCUACAUCAUUCUCGGUUCAUUACUUGGGUGGCUCUUAUUGAAUGGUCUACUCUUUGCAGCACAUUCCUUUCACUCCAUUAUAAGGUUUUUGAGGAAACUUAUAUCCCUCAUAUAUGUGUGUAUAUACAGAAACAAGCCACUGUUAAUGAAUGUGACCAAUGUUAAUGUUGGGCACGAUGAUGUUGAGAUCUGCAUUAAACAAUACUAAUGUACAUGCAGAUGCAUAUAUGUGUAUUUAUAUUAACGUGUAUUGCUUUUCUUUGUUGUACCUUGGGGUUAUAUUACUACAUGUAACAUGGAGUUUGUGAUCAAGUCCUCUUUUCAAAUAAAGCUAUGCUUCUAAAGGCUACAACAUA